GUUGUAUUUCAAUGUACUAUAGUGCAUUUUGUAGAAGAUUUCAUUGUCUAUACAGGAUGUGCUAAAAAUUGCUCUAGGUCAAAGGAAUUUGUGGUCAUAACAAUCGUUUUAUUGGAAAAAUUAGCUUGUUUUUUUUUAAGGGUACUUGGUUUAACUUUUUUCGGCAACGAAAAAUUUAUUUAAAACUUAAACAAUAUCAGGUUUUGUUGAGUGUUUUGAGCUUGUUCCAAUGAUGUAUAAUUUAAGACAAUGAAAUGCAUGAUAAAAUUAAAAAAACAAGAAAUACGCAAUUCUUCAGCUUUAGAAGAAAAUUUAUUGGAACUUUUUUCAAAAAGAUUUCUUUCUCAACAAGCAAAAGUUUCCCAAGGCUAAAAGCUUGGAUUUGUAGGUAACUUUGGAUGGGGAAUCUGAAAAUUGUAUUUAAAAAACUAUUCAUUUUUCGCAGGUUUGAUCGAUACAAUUUCUCUUUAGUACACGUUUAGCAUUUUCAUCACACUUGAAAUUCUUUAAGUAUGUUUUUAUUCCUUCAAUUAGUUUUAAUUCAAAACGGUGUAAAAACGGUACGUUUAUGGUGACCGUUUAAGUGCCGUUAUUAGGUCGUUUUUAUAACGUACCUUACGCUUUUAAACCGUAAAUUAACGGUGUAAAAACGGUACAUUGACGCUGAUCGUAAACGGCGUGUUUUUAUACCGUUAACGGGCCGUUUUUAUGAUGGCCGUUAAUGGGCCGUUUACACGCCGUUAACGGACCGUUCUGUUUGGCCUGGGUUGCGUCGUCCCUAAAUCUCAAACGAGAGUUUUCUUCUUUUUUCCACUCUAUUAAAGUACUAUGUCUCUAUUUCAGCAAAUUUAACCGUCAUUCUUGUGCUCUCUAUCUUUUAGUCUCGUCGUUAUUCGGUAGAAGAUGUUUGUGUAGACGAUCACGGUGGUGUUUUAGUCUUUUGGUCAUCUACAUGGUUGAAUAACACAAACAUUGGUUUCAAUGAUGACAAUAUACUGAUGGCACGAUAUGAUGAUCAGGCUACUCAAUGGUAUCAAGUGGAAACAAUUAUUGAUACACACGAACCUGAAAUUUCUCGUGUUCAAUGGCAAUCCACAUAUGUUCAUUAUGAUCAAUUGAGUGAUGAUUUGAAAGUUCAGGUCUAUGAAUUUAUCUCCCGCGGUGCAAUAAACUCUUGUUUAGAUGUUCCGGAAACUGUUUUAGAUCUUCUGUAA